AUGCUUGGGUGUCUUGCCCAACGACUUGGACCACGAUCAACAAAUCACCAAUCAUUACGAUUCUUACGGGCUAGAUGGGAAAGAACAUAUCUGAAAGACUUAUAUCAUAGACGCCAGUUAUUGGGUGCUGAUCCCAUCCUCCACAGAUCAUCAUAUCCUAACUGCGUCAGCGUUCGUGACCAUCAUUGUUCUUCUAACCCCUAUUCUACUAUAUGGAAACCCAUUAGCACGAAUGUAGAUUCAUCUUCUGAAGAAUUCGGUCAAAACAAUCAGCAAAUGGUUGAAAUUGUCAAUGACCUCAGAGCUAAGAUUGAAAAAAUUAAUCAAGGAGGAGGAGAAAAGGCAGUGAAGCUCCACAAGAGUCGUAAUAAGCUUCUGGCUCGUGAGAGAAUCAACACAUUGGUUGAUCCUGGAAGUGCUUUCCUUGAGCUUAGUCAAUUGGCUGGAUACAAUUGCUAUGGCAAAGAAGAAGUUCCUGCUGGUGGAAUCGUUACCGGUAUCGGCUCAGUUGCUGGUCGACUUUGCGUCAUCGUAGCCAACGAUGCUACAGUGAAGGGAGGAACUUACUAUCCCAUUACGGUUAAGAAGCAUUUGAGAGCUCAAGAAAUUGCUAGAGAGAAUGGUUUGCCAUGUAUUUAUCUUGUUGACUCCGGUGGAGCUAAUCUUCCCCGUCAAGCCGACAUCUUUGCUGACAAUCAGCACUUCGGCCGAAUCUUCUAUAACCAGGCUACCAUGAGUGCAUCAGGAAUUCCACAGCUUGCCGUUGUUAUGGGAAGUUGUACUGCUGGAGGUGCCUAUGUUCCAGCUAUGUCCGAUCAAGCUAUCAUUGUAAAGGGUAACGGAACUGUCUUCCUUGGAGGGCCACCUCUUGUUAAAGCCGCCACCGGAGAAGAAAUCUCAGCUGAAGCUCUCGGAGGAGCUGAUCUUCAUUGCUCAGAAUCUGGUGUUACGGAUUACUAUGCUCUCAAUGACGAACAUGCAUUGUCUAUGGCUCGUAAUGCUGUUGCUGGAUUUCCUGAACCACAGGGUGCUGCUACCUUCAAUAUUAAUGCUGAUGAGCCUCUCUAUCCAGCUGAGGAGCUUUAUGGAAUAGUUGGAGCUAACUUGAAGAAGACCUUCGAUGUUAAAGAAGUCAUUGCUCGCAUUGUUGACGGCUCUAGAUUCGAUGAGUUCAAGGAGCGUUACGGAGAUACUUUAAUUACUGGUUUUGCUUCUAUUUACGGUCAGAAAGUGGGUAUUCUGGCUAAUAACGGUGUCCUCUUCGCGGAGUCCGCUGUGAAGGGAGCGCACUUCAUCGAACUUUGUUGUCAAAGAAAAAUUCCUCUUUUAUUCCUUCAAAAUAUUACCGGUUUUAUGGUUGGUCGUGAUGCUGAAGCUGGCGGUAUCGCUAAGCAUGGAGCAAAAUUAGUAACAGCUGUUGCUUGCGCAUCAGUCCCUAAGAUUACCGUCUUGAUUGGCGGCUCAUAUGGAGCUGGAAACUAUGGCAUGUGUGGACGCGGUUACAGUCCUCGUUUCUUGUUCAUGUGGCCUAACUCCCGCAUUUCCGUUAUGGGAGGAGAACAAGCAGCUAAUGUUCUUGCAACAGUUCAAAAAGAUAAGCAUAAGAGAGAAGGAAAAGAGUGGACUGAGGAACAAGACGUAGCUCUUCGUCGUCCAGUGGAAGAGAAGUUCGAAGCUGAGGGUCAUCCUUACUUCGCUUCUGGCAGAUUAUGGGAUGAUGGUGUGAUAGAUCCUAAAGAUACUCGCAAAGUUGUUGGGCUCGCGUUGAGUGCCACGUUGCAAAAACCCAUUCCUGAAACUAAAUUUGGAGUUUUCCGAAUGUAG